AAUUAAUUGAUGAACUUGUUUGUUUUUUUCAACUUUUUUAAGAAAGAAAGGAAUGUUUUACCUGAAUGAAUCUUUUAAAGUAAAAGUAGAACGUAUGAUUUGAUAAAGUCCUUUGCAUCAUGCAUGUAAUAACUUUAACAUCCGCAGCUGUAUAAUGACCGCGACUUUCUUUUUACUUUCACGAAGUUUAGUAUCAUAUAGUUACUUACUAACAUACAUUAUUAUUCGUCAGUUUCUUCCGAGCUCCCAUGCCGUUUGAUUCAUAAAAAUCUCCAGUAAUAUUACGAGCUUUAUUAGUGUUUAUUAUUUUAGUAAUUUGUUAAGCAAUAAUUAAUAAAAAUCCUGUUAAUUUAAUAAAAAUAAUAUACUUACAUAUUUGAACGAAUAAUAAUAAUGGGUAUUUUUUUACAAGAAGAUAAUCAGAUAAACACGAACAAUAUAACGAUACAAAAAAACAAUUUAUCCCGCGAAAUGCGCGGCGACAUUAUAGGAAAAUUCAAAGGAUUUCGCGGAUGUACCUUAUGGCUAACAGGACUGUCGGGUGCGGGAAAAACGUCAAUAGCAUUUAACCUAGAAAAUUACUUAGUUAAACUGGGGAUUCCUGCUUACAGUUUGGACGGUGACAACAUCAGAAGCGGUUUGAAUAAAAAUUUGACCUUCAGCAAAGAAGAUCGGCAAGAAAACAUAAGACGAUCUGCUGAAGUUGCUAAAUUAUUUUCCGAUAGCGGACACAUCACAAUCUGCAGUUUUGUAUCGCCAUUUAGCGAGGACCGUUCCUUGGCGCGUAAAAUCCAUCAAGAUGUCGGCUUGAAGUUUUUUGAAAUAUUUAUUAACGCGUCGCUAGACGUCUGUGAGUCACGUGACGUGAAGGGCCUCUACGAAAAAGCACGAAACGGCACAAUAAAAAGUUUCACGGGAAUCGGUCAAAACUACCAGGUGCCAAUUGAUCCAGAUUUAAUUUUAGAUACCGAGCAACAAACUCUCGAUGAAUCGACAAUUACUUUAAUUAAAUUUCUCGAGGGUAAAAAAAUUAUACCAAAUACUCCUGAGUGUAGAGUUGAGAUAAGAAAUAAUUUAUUUUUCAAUAACCAACAAACUAAAUUAUAAUUCAAUAUAAUAUAAUAUAAUAAUAAUAAUCUAUAAAUAUAAAACAACAGAAUAAAAAUAUCUAGAGCAAUACAUUUUUUUUUAUAACAUUUAACGUUAUCAAUUAUUCGUUUACAACACAGAUAGUAUCAAUACAGGAC